GGGCGUCGCGCGCCUCGGCGGGUCCGGUUUAGAUCACAUCACUUCGGAGUUUCUCUCACGCGUCUCUCUUCAUCAUGGCGCGAUGCGCUCCUGACACCGGUUCCGUCCCGUUCCCGUGAUGCGCGUGAUGAUGAUGAUGGUGACGGAUGAAAGAUGGAGAAACUAUCCGCGAGCAUUAACGGACUCUCGUGGAGCUCCGUGUCGCUGCCGCUGGACGUGAUCGUGAGCAAAUUCCGCUUACCGACACUCGUGCGGCUGAGCCACGGUGAGAAUGUGGAGGGUCUGUCGGAGGAGGAUGUGAUUUUACUUCACUCCUGCAGACAGUGGACCACCGUCACUGCCCACAGCCUGGAGGAGGGCCAUUAUGUGAUCGGACCCAAAAUAGACAUCCCUCUGCAGUACCAAGGAAAGUUUAAGUUAUUGGAUCAGGAUCGGGAUGUUCGCGAGCCAGUUCAGUACUUCGGAAGCGUGGAGGAAAUCGCAGGAAUCUUUCCUGAUCGUGUGUUCGUUCUGGAGCCCAUCACAUUUAGCGUUAAGGUGGUUUCUGGGGAGUUUACAGAGGACAGCGAAUUGUAUAAUUUCUCUCUGCAGGCGGGAGAUGAAUUAACCCUCAUGGGCCAAGCAGAACUGCUCUGUGUCCAAUCGACUCGCGAGAAAUCCCGCCUGACUGCGCUGCUACGCCGACUGGGCAAAGCGGGCGGAGCUCUGGGACGUCCGGCCCGCACUAAGAUGCCCUGCUUGAUAUGCAUGAACCACCGGACCAACGAGAGCGUCAGUCUGCCGUUCCAGUGCCGCGGGCGGUUCUGCACGCGCUCACCACAGGAGCUGCAGAUGCAGGGAGGCGAGCACACCGUGCGCAGCAUAAUCGAGCGCGUGCGUCUGCCUGUGAACGUGUCCGUGCCGUCGCGACCUCCUCGCAACCCGUACGACCUGCACGCAAUCCGCGAAGGCCAUCGAUAUAAACUCCUCAGCAUCAUCAGCAAAACUGUCGUUCUCUGCUGCAUACUUCGCAAAGAGGAAGUCACGCCGUCUCACUUCCUGUUAUUAACGGACAUGCCGCGCUUCGCUCUGCCGGAGGGUUUAUUGCGCGCGGAUGCUUCUUACCAGCAGGUGGUGUUACAAUGCGCUCUGCGAUGCCAGGAAAGCUUCGAUCCGGACGAUUACUCGCGCGCUGUUCGCGAGGUGAAGACGGAUUUCUCCGAGGAGUGUCUGAGUCCACGGCGGAUUCGGGUGUGCGUUCAGGGCUACGGGCGCGACGAGCUCGGGACGUCCCUGCAGAGACUGUCUCUGUGCGUGUAUGGAGGUGGAGCUGUCACGCACACGAUCGCACACGGCUGCAGAGACUCGCUGGUCGACUCGCACACGCUGCCCUCGAGUGACGGAGAGGAGCGAGAAUACGUCACGCCCGAUUGGGCGACAGAGACGCAGGAGAUUCCAUACGAGGAGCUCUGGACCAAUCAGAGUUCUGGAAGUUUCGGGGUGACCUCUGAGAGCGCAGUGAAGGCAGAGCACAACCUCAUAUCCUUCCACUCCACUACCACGUCUUUGGAUGGAACGGUGGGCUCCACCCACGUCGCCAUGGUGCAGAUGGAAGCAGGAAGAGUGUCGCGAGUAUCGACUCCGCCUCCUGUCCCACCCAAAUCUGAAGCUGUGAAAGAAGAGUGUCGUUUCUUAAACGCUCCACCUGUUCCGCCCCGCUGUGCUAAAGGCCCCGCCCCCAGCCCUCCAGUCCCCACCCGUUUGCCUAAAACUCCGCCCACACAGACAGUCAACCCAAACCUCUCAUUUUAUUCUUCUGGACUGCAAGAGAGUUCUGCUCCUCGUAGUGGCAGCAACUCUCCAUCACCAGACUCGUACUCUCUGUACUGUUACCCGUGCACCUGGGCCGAUUGUGUGACCUCCGACCCCAGCGUGAGCCCUGAUCCCGCCCAGCCCGCGCAGGCCUGUUGGUCACACCCACGAGGAGGUGGCGCCUAUACCUCCAGCAUCCUCAAUACACCUCUACUCAGUACAGACUCCGCUCAAAAGAACUACUCCACCUGCCCUAGACCACGGCCGGUGGCGCAAAACCGCUUCGCACCAUUCGGCGCCCUCAACCCCUUUGCCAAUCCGGGACACGCCCACGCCUCCUCCGAUUGGCUCACCACUGGUAGGAACUCUCCCACUCUGAUACCCGACCUCAUUAGCUCCACCCCCAUGGAGCCUCAAGCCAAUCAGGGAGGUUCAGAAGGGGGCCUUGAGACUUCGCCCAAACCAAUAAAGAAUUUAGAGGAGGACAUGGUCAUUGCAGACCCCGCCUCCGGAUCGGUCGCCAUGGUGAAGGGAGCGGAGGGCGGGGCCGGGUCAUCUUGGCGACCCCCAGCAGAGCUGUGCUGGCUCUCGGUGGAGGAGGUUUCUUCCAGUCUGCGUUUCAUCGGCCUUUCGGAUGACGUGAUUGGUCUGUUCAGUCGAGAGAGGAUCGAUGGCUCUAUUUUCACACAGCUGACGGAGGAAAUCUUGUCGGAGGACUUUAAACUCACCAAACUACAGGUCAAAAAAAUCAUGCAGUUCAUCAAGGGAUGGAGACCCAAGAUAUGAGGGCAGCAUCCUCGUGAAUCGAAGGAAUGUUUUUGUUUGAGAGACACAAGAGUAAUCUAGCCACAAUGAGUGCUUCUGCUCUGACUAUUUCAGAUGUUUUAUAAGUGUGUGUGUGUGUGUGUGUGUCUGAAAUACACCUCUCUAAUCGAAGAACUGACAGAUUGUGACUAAUAUAUUAUGGAGCACUAUUUGAUGUUUUUGUCAUGAGUAAUUUUAUUUCUGGGGUGGGAUGGUUUUGUGUGCCUUCAGUAGACAGUCAGAAUUGAUGUGGCUGUUCUGUUGUCUUUUAAGGGUUUUGACCUCUUUUGUCUGUUUUCUGGUAACCUGGCAUGUUUGUCAGUUGGAUUUGGAACUUGUAUGAAUCUCAUGAAACGGGUCAUAUUUAACCACAAAAUCAAAAACUAAAAAUGAAAUCAUGAAAGAUCAAGUUUAGCUUAAAGAAAAUGAUCAUUUUAAAGGGUUAGUUGACCCCAAAAUAAAAAUUCGGUCAUUAAUUACUCACCCUCUUGUCGCUCCAAACCCGUAAAACAUUGCUGUCUAUAGCGCUCUGAUUCAAUCAAAAAUAUCUUAAUUUGUUUUCCGAAGAUAUAGGGUGAGUAAUUAAUGACAGAAUUUUUAUUUAGGGGUGAACUAACUCUUUAAAGCAAACAAGACCAGUAAUUACAUUUCAUUAUUACUGUUAUUACUAUGUUUGGAUUGUGUCAUUAUAUUUUUGAUAUUUAAGAACAUUUAAGCCCUAAACGUUGUUGAUGAUUGAAUGCAAUACUUAUUCUCAUUAUUGUAAUGUGGAAAAUUUUUUUUGUUCUCAAUAAAACAGUAUCUAAAGAAGAUUAUUGAGAAUAAUCAAGAAAAAGUAAACUUCUGAAAACAUCUAUUCAAGGGUGUGGCAAAAUUACAUUUUAAUUAAAGAAUCAAAAUUCUUAUGGAAAAAUAUAAAUAAAUAUAUUUUCCUUGACAGGUUUGAUGAGAUUCACUCAUGUAGAGCACAAUUUUCUUCUUUCCUGCUGCUCUCAUAAGGAGAUUAAUGUCAUGCGCACAGGAAGCGAGACUUGUUAGGGACUUAUAAAUAAAGAUUUUAGUUUGUGAUGUACACGCUAAUAAGAGCAGCAAGAGUUUACAGUCUAAAGAACACGCUGUAAUUAGGUGACAGUAAUUAAGAGUUUACUAACUACUUCAGCCCACGCUGAUGGAGGAUGUGUGUGAGGUGAGUCAGAGCUGCUGAAAUGAGCUUUUAGUCUUAUCUCACGGCCUAAAAAAUAUUUUAUCAGCAUUUCGGAAGCGUUUCUGGAAUGCUUAUUUAACAGCUUCCCCCUCUGUAGGUGCAUUUGUACUUUGAAUAAUAUUUAACAAUGUUAGUGCGUUUCAUUUGUACUGUAAUUUCACUAUGUAUGAUUUAAUUGUAUGAUUUAAUCCUGAUGGAUCAACUACAGAAAAGAAUAAAUCAAUAGUGCUCAACUGAA